AUGGCCCUUGAGAUCGUCCGCGAGGAACCCACCCUUGACUCCUUCACCAGCCUCGAGGAGCAUCAGUCGCAAACCCCAGGCCAGUUCUACGGCGGGAAGCCCGUCCUGCACCACUACACAUCAAACGCCCAGCUACUCAUUGGGGAAACUCAGCUUGACGCACAGCCCGCAUUCGCGGUACUUCGCAAACCAGGCGCCGAUCCAGCCACUGUAUCUGCUAUCAAUGGCGGUGCAAAUGGGCACCGCCACUCGGAGACGGUCACAGUCCCUCACAUCGAUGUCUGGGUAACCUCUGAGCGGCUUAUUCUCUUCUCUACCCACACAAGAUCCGGCGUGUCCAUUCCAUACCCAAACAUCUCACUCCACGCUAUACAACGGCUCUCCGCACCGGUCUCUACUGCACCUGUUGCAGACCAGCAGGGCUUAUACAUGCAGCUUACUCUCAACGACACCGAGACUAUCAACUCGGAAGAAGACAUCGAAACCGUGGAGAUCACGCUCAUCCCUACCACCACGUCCACAGUCGAAGAAGCUGCCAUAACAUCUGUCCCAAAUCCCACAGCGUCGGCAACAUCUGAAGCCACGCCUCCGCUGGUGCGAGAACUUAGAGCAACAGAAUCUACAUCGCCUAUCCGCGCCCUCUUUGCCGCCGUAUCCGCCUGCGCAGACCUACAUCCAGAUCCGGCAACUGGUUCAGAUGAGGAAGGGGAUCCGCAAACAGCGAUGCCUGGCGCGGGUGGGUGGAUAACAUCAGAGAACAUGCACGAAUUCUUUGACGAGGAUGGGCAAUUCGUUGGUGGAGGGACUCUUGGGGGCGGCGCGGGGACAGUUAGGGGAAGGGAUGAGGAGGAUGAGGGGCCGGAAGCGGUAAUGGACGAAGAAGGAGAGGAAACAAAGUGGCGGAGAACUGAGUGA